CUGCAACAUACUUUUUUGCGGGAAAAACCUAAUUUGCGUUCUUGGUUGGCUUUUUUUCGCUCAGUUAUUACAUUGUCUGUUCUAUUUUGGGAAUUUGGGUCUUAAUUCUGGCUGAUCUUCUGGGUUGUUGUUUUUUAAACAUUAUUUUUUGUCAUUUCCAUAUAGCAUUACAUAGGUGAAACACCAUGGGAAAAGGAAAGAUAUUCGACAAGACUAAAAUGGGACAUUUGUUGCAUCUUUUCCUUCGUUCUUUUCCAUUCUGCUUUCAUACCCAAAACUCAACGACACAAUAUUUUGUUUUUAUUGGUCACGUUUUAAGGUCAUAUAAUUAGUUUUGGGGAUUUACUCACCUCAAAUAACUUUUGUAUGUCUUUAUGUAUGUCUAUGUUGAUAAAGCUCGACAGAAAUAUUGUAUAUCACGAAAGAAAUUAAUUGGUGGAGAUAAAAAUAUGCUAACAUCAGCAAUUUUCCUAUGACUUCAACCUCAACGAAAUACUUUUUGAUUUAUUACCUUGCAAUAACUAAACUAUUUUGUUUUUACGUAUAGUGAGUAAUACCACGGACGUUGAAUUUGUUUAGUUUAUAGUUUCCUAUGUUUUUCUUAGUAAAAAACUAUUUUAAACAUGCAGAAAAUGAUUAGAACAUACUGAAAAAUUGUUGUGCUAUACAGUACUACUGCGAUAUACACAGGUGUCUCACGCAUCGUUGAUUUGAAGCCAUAUCUGCAACCUCUUCUACAGAAACACAGAAAAAAGCGACCAAAUUUUGUUUACGACAUUUUUCAUUGAUUUAUCUUAAAUUUAAAUGCGAUAAACCAAUAUAAUUUGAUAGGUACAUCAAAGAGUAUAAUUUCAUGUAUGUUAAACGUGGAUGAAGAAACAAAGCUAAAGAUGACUCGAUAUGUCCUUAUUUCCUCUUCCUGCUGUGCUAUUUCUAUGCUUUUUGGUGGUACUACUGAUAGUACUAGCAAUACUAUAUUUUACUGUUCUAAAGAAGGAUCUAUGUCUACACAUGGAGGGAAGUGGAGAUGUAGAGGAAGGAGAAGAUGUCAUAGAAACAGGCACAGUGGACACCUCUGCAGAAGAUGGGAAAGUACUCCCAGCCGGAAGGAGUACACCAACGUCAGUUGCAGUGGAUGGGACAGAUGGAGCGAAAGAUGGAGAAGGUGGAGAAAAUGGAGAAAAUGAAGGCGGAGUUCCUACAGUGGAAACCUCUCCUGAAGGUCCCCCAGCAGAACUAUCUACUGAAGAUCACCUAACUGAACCAUCUCUGGAAGAUGCUCCACCAGAACUAAAUCUCAAUUCCCCAGCUAAUGCAACAUUACCAGGAACUCCAAGUGAUAGAAUGACUUUAGCUCCUCCUGCUCCUUCAGUUGCGGGUGUAGGAGAUAGUGUAUCUACUGCAGGUGACCCAGUUGACUUCAUCGAAUCCGAAGAACCGGAAUCGUUGUGCAUUGCAGGAAAAAUUUUGAUUCAAUUUACAUAUAUGCCUGCCGCAAAUAAAAUAAAUUUAACAGUUAUACGUGCUAGUGAUAUACCUCCAGUGGAACGUGGGGGUGCCGAUAAUAUACAAGUACAUUUAUGUGUACUACCAAUGAGAAAACAAAGAUACAGAACUAAAGCUGUUCCAGCGAGUAAAGGUGUCAUUAAUAUGACUUUCUCAUUUAUACAUAUGACUCCAGAUCUAGUUGAGAGAUGUGCUAUUCGUCUUCGUGUUUACAGUACUCAAAGAUUUAGCAAAAGAUUGAUAGGUGAAGUCAAAGUAUCGUUAGCUCAAAUUGAUUUGACAAGUCCCUUAGCAGACGAACAAAUUUGGAAAAACCUUUCACCAAAAGGUCUUGUGGAUGAUACUGUUGGUCCAUCAUACAAUCUAAGUGAGUUAUCAAGUGCUGCGAGUUUUGGAGAUGUUACAUCGGAACCAGAGUUGCUAGUCAACUUACAUUAUGUAGAUUUGGUUGGUCGUCUAACGGUGGAGGUUAUAAGAGCUGCAAACCUAAAAAAGAAUAACAUGCUACUCGCUCCGGAUACAUUCGUGAAAAUUAAAGUCGUCUCUGGCAAAGGUAAGAAGAUUGGAAAGAGCAAAACUUCCUUAAGAAAUCAAUCAUCGGAUCCUGAAUUCAAUGAAACAUUUGUUUAUCCAAUGUCACCAGAGGAUUUGAAACAGGCCACAAUGAUGUUUACCGUUUUUGCUGUUGGAAGACGAAGAAGAAAGAAAAGAACAAUUAUUGGAUGGUUUGCAUUCGGACUGAACACUUCAGGAACAUGUGAGGCAAAUCACUGGAAAGAAAUGAUACAAAAUCCAGAUUGUGAUGUAUGUCAUUGGCAAGCUCUACAAACAGCUGGAUAGUUAGCACGUAUAACUGUCGAAUUUAUUUUAUUUGUUUGGUUAUUAUUUAUAUCUUUUGUCUUAGAGUUAAAAUAUUAUAUUGUAGGGUGUUAAAAGGUUUUUCCUAACGUACACUUUUUGUGUACAUUUGUGCUUGGAUAAAUUAGUGUACAAAUAUGAUAGUGUUAUUCAUUGAACAUGUAUAUAUAUUUUCUAAUUUUUUAUUUUGAUUUUUCUGCUAAUGACUUUUACUUUUUUUAUAAUUGAAAAUAAUAACGCAACAUCUUAAAAAUUAUAAGAAGUUUUUUUUAAUUCGCGAUUUAGUAGCUGAAAGUAAAAACGACGUAUAUCCGACUGAUAAUAAAUACUGUGAAAUAAAGACGUCUGCAGAUAUUUGAAAGGCAUGUUACGGGAGAAGAAGCCGCAAUUUAUUCAAUGAGAGAAGUUACUAAUGUAGUUUUACUUACCGACGCUUUCAGUUCUAUGAAUUUAUCUGCAGUUUUACCCAAUAUCCUAGUUAUACCCGCAGUAUUAUCAGACCACUAGUCGAUGAUCCCGUGGAAAAAUCCACCUCACCUUUUGACGACCACAGGACAUCCGGUUACCCGACCGCGAAGAGAAGAGAAGAGAAGAGAAGAGAAGAGAAGAGAAGAGAAGAGAAGA